UCCCAGCUGUUUCUUGUGGAUGUGUGACUGAGAUCUGCCUAGUCGCUCCCUCUCCCUGCAAAAAGAGAGAGAGAGAGAAAAAGCUGAGGGGUUUGAGUGUGCAGCACACAGAGAGAUAGAGAUAGAGAGAGAGGACAGUGAUUUACGGACACAAACACAGAGAGAUAGGUAGAGAGAUAGAGAGAUAGAGCUAGAUUGAGAGAGGAUCUGAAUUUCCCCGAAGUUGGACGAGUUAACCUUUGAAAGAUGGCAGAGGGAGGGGAGGGUGAGGAGGAGAUCCAGUUUCUCAGGACGGGUGACGAGGUGGUGCUUCAAUGCACAGCAUCUGUCCUGAAGGAGCAGAUCAAGCUGUGCCUCACCGCUGAAGGAUUCGGAAACCGACUGUGCUUCCUGGAACCCACGUCCAACGCUCAGAAUGUUCCUCCGGACUUGGCGAUCUGUUCCUUUUUCCUGGAGCAGUCGCUGUCUGUGCGAGCCCUGCAGGAAAUGCUGGCGAAUACCGUGGAAAUGGGCAAUGAGACGCUCGAUUUGGACAAAUGGUCAUCACAGGGAGGAGGUCACCGAACUCUGCUGUACGGACACGCUAUCCUGCUCCGACACUACCACAGCAGCAUGUACCUAAGCUGCCUGACCACCUCGCGCUCGCUCACGGAUAAACUGGCCUUCGACGUCGGACUGCAAGAAGAUGCUACGGGUGAAGCCUGCUGGUGGACGAUCCACCCUGCGUCCAAGCAGAGGUCAGAAGGUGAGAAGGUCAGGGUCGGUGAUGACCUCAUUCUUGUCAGUGUGUCUUCUGAGAGAUACUUGCACCUCUCCUAUGCCAGCGGGGACCUCAUGGUCGACGCCUCCUUCAUGCAGACUCUCUGGAACAUGAACCCUAUCUGCUCGGGCUGUGAGCUGGCAGAAGGGUUCCUCACUGGAGGCCACGUGCUCAGGCUGUUCCACGGACACAUGGACGAGUGCCUGGCCAUCUCUGCCUCGGACCAGGGGGACGAGCAGCGCAGGCAAGCACACUAUGAAGGAGGGGCUGUAUGUAGCCACGCCCGGUCGCUAUGGAGACUGGAGCCACUGCGAAUCAGCUGGAGUGGGGGCCACAUGAAGUGGGGGCAGCCCUUCCGCGUGCGCCACGUGACCACGGGGCGCUACCUGUGCUUGGAGGAGGAAAAGGGGCUGAUGGUCGUGGACCCGGAGCGGGCCAACACCAAGAGCUCAGCGUUCUGCUUCCGCGCCUCAAAGGAGAAGUCUGAGGUUGCCCACAAGCGGGACGUGGAGGGGAUGGGAGCCCCUGAGAUUAAGUAUGGAGAGACGAUGUGUUUCGUGCAGCACGUUUCUACGGGACUCUGGCUCACCUACGCCUCCGUGGACGCCAAGUCAGCCCGUCUGGGACCUCUCAAGAGGAAGGCGAUCCUGCACCAGGAGGGUCACAUGGACGACGCGCUGUCCCUCUGUCGCUCUCAGCAGGAGGAGUCCCAGGCAUCCCGCAUGAUCUACAGCACCACCGGCCUCUUCACACAGUUCAUCAAGGGCCUGGACUCCCUGAGUGGCAAGAACAAGUCUCAGAGCCCCGUGUCCCUCCCGAUGGACGCGGUGAGCCUGAGCCUGCAGGAUCUCAUCAACUACUUCCAGCCGCCAGAUGAGGAGCUGCAGCAUGAGGAGAAGCAGACCAAGCUGAGAUCUCUCAAGAACAGGCAGAACCUGUUCCAGGAGGAGGGAAUGAUCACGCUGGUGCUGAACUGUAUUGACAGGCUCAAUGUCUACAACACGGCUGCGCAUUUCUCGGAGUUCGCUGGGGAGGAGGCAGCGGAGUCCUGGAAGGAGAUUGUGAACCUGCUCUAUGAGCUGCUGGCCUCCCUGAUCCGUGGAAACCGAUCCAACUGCGCUCUCUUCUCCGACAACCUGGACUGGCUGGUGAGCAAACUGGACCGUCUCGAAGCCUCCUCAGGUAUCCUGGAGGUGCUGUACUGUGUCCUGAUCGAGAGCCCCGAGGUGCUCAACAUCAUCCAGGAGAAUCACAUCAAGUCCAUCAUCUCCCUGCUGGACAAGCACGGCCGCAACCACAAGGUUCUGGAUGUCCUCUGCUCUCUGUGUGUGUGUAACGGUGUCGCUGUGAGGUCCAAUCAGAACCUCAUCACAGAGAACCUCCUGCCGGGUCGGGACCUGCUCUUACAAACCAACAUCAUCAACUACGUCAGCAGUAUGAGGCCCAACCUCUUCAUGGGCACGUGCGAGGGCUCCACGCAGUACAAGAAGUGGUACUUCGAGGUGAUGGUGGAUUACGUGGACUCCUUCGUGGUGGCCCAGGCAACACACCUGCGGGUGGGCUGGGCCCUGACCGAGGGCUACAGCCCCUACCCCGGGGGUGGCGAGGGCUGGGGCAGCAACGGGGUGGGGGACGAUCUUUACUCGUACGGGUUCGACGGGCUUCACCUCUGGUCUGGGCGUGUCCCGAGAGCGGUCGCCUCCCCCAGUCAGCACAUGCUGGCCCCCGAUGACGUGGUGAGCUGCUGCCUGGAUCUCAGUGUUCCCAGCAUCUCCUUCAGAGUCAACGGGCACCCUGUCCAGGGCAUGUUCGAGAACUUCAACCUGGACGGGCUCUUCUUCCCAGUCGUCAGCUGCUCUGCUGGGGUCAAGGUUCGCUUCCUGCUGGGCGGUCGCCAUGGCGAGUUCAAGUUCCUGCCUCCGCCGGGCUACGCUCCGUGCUACGAGGCGCUGCUCCCGAAGGAGAGGAUGAGGAUCGAGCCGAUAAAGGAGUACAAGCACGACUUCGACGGGAUCCGAAACCUGCUGGGGCCGACCCAGUCCCUGACCCACACCGCCUUCACACCCUGCCCUGUGGACACUGUGCAGAUCGUGCUGCCCCCUCACCUGGAGAGAAUCAGAGAGAAGCUGGCAGAAAACAUCCACGAGCUGUGGGCACUGACCCGCAUCGAGCAGGGCUGGACCUACGGCACGUUCCGGGACGACAACAAGAAGCUGCACCCCUGCCUGCUGGACUUCCAUCGGCUUCCCGAGCCAGAGAGGAACUACAACCUGCAGAUGUCCGGGGAGACCCUCAAGACUCUGCUGGCGCUGGGCUGCCAUGUUGGGAUGGCUGAUGAGAAAGCAGAGGAGAAUCUGAAGAAAACCAAGCUCCCAAAAACCUACAUUAUGAGUAACGGGUACAAGCCAGCCCCUCUAGACUUGAACCACGUCAAGCUCACCCCUGCCCAGAACACCCUUGUGGACCGGCUUGCAGAGAAUGGACACAACGUGUGGGCACGGGACCGGGUGCGGCAGGGCUGGACCUACAGCAUCGUGCAGGACAUCGUCAACAAGCGGAACCCUCGCCUGGUCCCGUACAACCUGCUUGACGAGCGCACCAAGAAGACCAAUCGGGACAGCCUGUGCGAGGCCGUCCGCACGCUGAUUGGCUACGGCUACAACAUCGAGCCUCCAGACCAGGAGUCGAGUGGUCAGAGUGCUGCCAGCUCUCGUGCAGAAAAGGUGCGUGUUUUCCGUGCGGAGAAGUCGUACGCGGUGAAAGCUGGGAAGUGGUACUUUGAGUUCGAAGCGGUGACCACGGGGGAGAUGCGCGUGGGCUGGGCGCGGCCGAACGUGCACGCUGACGUAGGGCUGGGUGCGGACGAGCUUGCCUACGUCUUCAACGGCUGUAAGGCUCAGCGCUGGCACAACGGCAGUGAGCCGUUUGGUCGGAACUGGCAGUCGGGAGACGUGGUGGGCUGUAUGAUCGACCUGGCGGAGAAUAACAUCAUGUUCACCCUCAAUGGAGAGAUGCUGAUCAGAGACUCGGGCUCCGACCUCGCCUUCAAAGACAUCGAGAUCGAGGAGGGGUUCCUCCCGGUCUGCAGUCUGGGGAUGUCCCAGGUGGGGCGACUCAACCUGGGGCAGGAUGUCAGCAGCCUUCGGUACUUCACCAUCUGUGGCCUGCAGGAAGGGUUCGAACCUUUCGCCAUCAACAUGAAGAGAGACAUCACCAUGUGGUUCAGCAAGAGCCUGCCCCAGUUCAUCCCAGUGCCGACGGAUCACAGCCACAUCGAGCUCUCCCGCAUCGACGGGACGGUCGACAACCCCCCCUGCCUGAAGCUCACACACAAGACAUUCGGCUCUCAGAACAGCAACACAGACCUGCUCUUCCUGAGGCUCAGCAUGCCCGUGGAGUUCCACGAGACGUUCCGUGUGCAGGCGGGGACCACGCCCCUGACACGGGCCCUGACCAUCCCCGAGGAGGAGGUGAAGGACGUGGAGCCGGACUCGGAGUUCGAGCUGCACAAGAAAUCGGCCAGCCGCAAGGAGGCCGAGGCCACGGCGGACAAGGACCAGCCGGGGGUUCAAGCCCAGGCCAAAGAGCAGGCAGCAGCUGCAGCAAAGGAGAGUGGGAAGGGGGAGAACGACAAGGACACAACCUCGGAGAAGAGCAAGAAGAGAGGCUUCCUGUUCAAGGUGAAGAAGCCCGCCUUCAUCUCCCCUCCGCCGCUGGUCCCCACGAUGCCCCGACUGGUGGAGGACGUCGUCCCCGACGACCGCGACGACCAGGACAUGAUCAUGAACACGACCACGUACUACUACUCUGUGCGGAUCUUUGCCGGGCAGGAGCCCAGCGGAGUGUGGGUGGGCUGGGUGACCCCCGAUUACCACCAGCACGACCCCAACUUCGACCUGAGCAAGGUGCGCAGCGUCACGGUGACCGUGGGAGAUGACAAGGGCAACGUGCACGACAGCAUGAAGCGCAGUAACUGCUACAUGGUGUGGGGAGGGGAGUUCAUCAACAACACUCAGCAAACACGCAUCAGCCAGGAGGACCUCGUGAUUGGCUGCCUGGUCGACCUGGCAACCGGCUUCAUGACCUUCACAGCCAAUGGGAAGGAGAUAAACACCUUUUACCAGGUGGAGCCCAACACCAAGCUGUUCCCAGCCGUGUUUGCCCUUCCCUCCAGCCAGAACAUGCUGCAGGUUGAACUGGGCAAGCUCAAGAACAUCAUGCCGAUCUCCGCCGCGAUGUUCCGGAGCGAGCGCAAGAACCCGGUGCCGCAGUGCCCGCCGCGGCUCGACAUGCAGAUGCUGACCCCCGUGGUGUGGAGCCGCAUGCCCAACGAGUUCCUGUCCACGGACACGGGCCGGGUCUCCGAGCGCCACGGCUGGAUGGUGGAGUGCAGCGAACCGCUCAUCAUGAUGGCACUGCACAUCCCCGAGGAGAACAGGUGCAUCGAUAUCCUGGAGCUGUCGGAGCACCUGGACCUGCUCAAGUUCCACUCCCACACCCUGAAGCUGUACUGUGGAGUGUGCGCCCUGGGGAACAACCGCGUGGCCCACGCGCUGUGCAGCCACGUGGACGAGUCCCAGCUGCUGUACACCAUCGAGAACGCCUACCUGCCGGGGCCCCUGCGCUCCGGGUACUAUGACCUGCUCAUCAGCAUCCACCUGGAGUCCGCCAAGCGCUCGCGGCUCAUGAUGAACAACGAGUUCAUCGUGCCGAUGACGGAGGAGACGCGCAGCAUCACGCUGUACCCCGAUGAGAGCAAGAGGCACGGCCUGCCCGGUGUGGGGCUCAGCACCUGCCUGCGCCCCAAGCUCCACUUCUCACCCACCAGCUUCGUGGGCACCGACCCUGACCUCUACACCCUGAGCCCUUCCAUCCCCCUGCAGAUCCUCAAGACGAAAGCCAUCAACAUGCUGACGGAGGCGGUGCAGGACGGUGGGCAGCACACGCGGGACCCAGUAGGGGGCAGCGUGGAGUUCCAGUUCGUCCCUGUGCUCAAGCUGAUCAGUACCCUGCUCAUCAUGGGCAUCUUCCAGGACGAGGACGUCAAACACAUCCUCAAGAUGAUCGAGCCCAACGUCUUCGGAGUGCCAGAGGUGGAGGGGGAGGGGGAGGAGUUGGAGGAGGAGGAGGAGGAGGAGGAGGAGGGGGGGGCCAAAGAAGAGGGGGCCAAAGAAGAGGGGGGCGAAGAAGCCAAAGAGCAAGAGGAGGCACCAGAGGAAGGGGAGGAAGGAUUCGAGGAGGAUGAAGGGGUGGGAAACGAGGAGGAGGAGGAGGAAGAAGAAGAGGAGGAGGAGGAGGAGGGAGAAGAGGUGAAGGAGGAGGAGGCGGGCGAGGAGGUGGAGGAAUCGGAGGAGAAGGCGCUGGAAGCAGGGGAAGAAGACUCCAAAGAGGAGGAAGCGGGGCUGGAGGAAGGGCUGCUGCAGAUGAAGCUGCCUGAGUCUGUCAAGCUGCAGAUGUGUAACCUGCUCCAGUACUUCUGUGACUGUGAGCUCCGGCACAGAGUGGAGGGGAUCAUCGCGUACUCCGACCGCUUCGUCAAACUCAUCCAGACCAAUCAGAGGGAGCGAUACAACGAGCUCAUGUUGGCGUUCACCAUGAGCGCCGCGGAGACCGCGCGCAAGACCAGAGAGUUCCGCUCACCGGCGCAGGAGCAGAUCAACAUGCUGCUGAACUUCAAGCACGGCCCGGAAGAGGAGGAAUGCCCCGUCCCGGACGAGAUCAGAGAGGACCUGAUCGACUUCUACAACGACCUUCUCACUCACUGCGGAGUGUACAUCGAGGAGGAGGAGGAAGAGGAGGAGGUGGACAGCUCCCUGAGAGGAAGGCUCUUCAGCCUGGUGGACCGGGUCAAGAACUUUCGCAAGAAGAAAGUGGAAGAGGAGUCAGAACCAGAGGAUGACAGCAAACCCAGCACUCUCCAGGAGCUGAUCUCCCACACCAUGGUCCACUGGGCCCAGGAGUCAUUCAUCCAGAACCCGGAGCUGGUGCGGCUGAUGUUCAGCCUGCUGCACCGGCAGUAUGACUGCAUCGGGGAGCUGAUCCGAGCCCUGCCCAAGGCCUACACCAUCAACGCCGUGUCGGUGCAGGACACCAUGGACCUGCUGGAGUGCCUGGGGCAGAUCCGCUCCCUGCUCAUCGUGCAGAUGGGCCCCGAGGAGGAGAGGCUCAUGAUCCAGAGCAUCGGGAACAUCAUGAACAACAAGGUGUUCUACCAGCACCCCAACCUGAUGCGCGCCCUGGGCAUGCACGAGACGGUGAUGGAGGUGAUGGUGAACGUGCUGGGGGGAGGCGACUCCAAGGAGAUCCGCUUCCCCAAGAUGGUCACCAACUGCUGCCGCUUCCUCUGCUACUUCUGCAGGAUCAGCCGGCAGAACCAGCGCGCCAUGUUCGAUCACCUGAGCUACCUGCUGGAGAACAGUGGCAUAGGACUGGGAAUGAGGGGGUCCACUCCGCUGGAUGUGGCUGCGGCCUCCAUGAUCGACAACAACGAGCUGGCACUGGCUCUGCAGGAGCAGGAUCUGGAGAAGGUUGUGACGUACCUGGCUGGCUCAGGCUUACAGAGCUGCCCCAUGCUCCUGUCAAAGGGGUACCCCGAUAUCGGCUGGAACCCCGUGGGUGGGGAGCGAUACCUCGACUUCCUUCGAUUUGCCGUGUUCGUCAACGGGGAGAGCGUGGAAGAGAACGCCAACGUGGUCGUGAGGCUCCUGAUUCGCCGGCCCGAGUGCUUCGGCCCCGCCCUGCGCGGAGAGGGGGGGAACGGGCUGCUGGCCGCCAUCGAGGAGGCCAUCAAGAUCUCAGAGGACCCGGCGAGGGACGGGCCGACCGUCAAGAAGGACCGGCGCUUCCCCAUGUUCGGAGGGGAGGAGGCCCAGGAGGAGAACAGAGUGCAUCUUGGGAACGCCAUCAUGUCGUUCUACUCUGCGCUCAUCGACUUGCUGGGACGCUGUGCCCCGGAGAUGCAUUUGAUCCAGGCUGGGAAGGGCGAGGCCCUGCGUAUUCGAGCCAUCCUGCGCUCACUGGUCCCCAUUGAGGACCUGGUGGGAGUGAUCAGCCUGUCAGUGCAGAUCCCUGCCUUCGGAAAAGACGGGAACCCCAUUGAGCCCAAGAUGUCAGCGAGCUUCGUCCCGGAUCACAAGGCCCCGAUGGUUCUGUUCCUUGACAGAGUCUACGGCAUUGAGAACCAGGACUUCCUGCUGCACGUGCUGGAGGUCGGCUUCCUGCCGGACAUGAGGGCCGCCGCCUCUCUCGACACGGCGGCGUUCAGCACCACUGAGAUGGCUCUGGCUCUGAACCGCUACUUGUGCUCCGCGGUGUUGCCCCUCCUCACUAAGUGCGCUCCGUUGUUUGCCGGCACCGAGCACAGGGCCAUCAUGGUCGACUCCAUGCUGCACACCAUCUACCGGCUCUCCAGGGGGCGCUCUCUCACCAAGGCGCAGCGCGACGUCAUCGAGGAGUGCCUCAUGUCUCUCUGCAGGUCCCUCCGCCCCUCCAUGCUGCAGCAUCUCCUGAGACGGCUGGUGUUCGACGUGCCGAUCCUCAACGAAUACGCCAAGAUGCCCCUCAAGCUGCUGAACAACCACUAUGAACGCUGCUGGAAGUAUUACUGCCUCCCCAACGGCUGGGCCAACUUUGGAGUGACCUCGGAGGAGGAGCUUCACCUCACCCGGAAGUUGUUCUGGGGCAUCAUCGAGUCUUUGGCGCACAAGAAAUUUGACGCUGAGCUGUUCAAGAUAGCCAUGCCAACGUUGUGCUCCAUCGCAGGCGCGAUCCCGCCGGACUACGUGGAUGCGAGCUACUCCUCCCAGACCGAGAAGAAGGCUUCCGUCGACGCCGAGGGCAACUUCGACCCCAAGCCAGUCGAGACCACCAACACUAUAAUCCCUGAGAAACUGGAUAUGUUUAUUAAUAAGUACGCCGAAUACACUCACGACAGAUGGGCCUUUGAGAAGAUCCAAAACAACUGGAGUUACGGAGAAGUGAUCGACGAGAACAUGAAAACCCACCCCAUGCUGCGCCCCUACAAGACCUUCUCCGAGAAGGACAAGGAGAUUUACCGCUGGCCCAUCAAGGAGUCCAUCAAAGCGAUGAUCGCGUGGGAGUGGACUCUGGAGAAAGCACGAGAGGGAGAGGAGGAGAAGACAGAGAAGAAAACCAAGACUCGCAAGAUCUCUCAAUCCGCUCAGGCCACCUACGACCCCAGUCAAGGCUACAACCCCCAGCCCAUCGACAUCUCAGGGAGCUCCCUCUCCAGAGAGCUACAGGCCAUGGCGGAGCAGCUGGCUGAGAAUUACCACAACACCUGGGGACGCAAGAAGAAGCUGGAGCUGCAGUCCAAAGGGGGCGGUACCCACCCUCUGCUGGUUCCCUACGACACCCUGACUGCGAAGGAGAAAGCGCGGGACCGAGAAAAGGCUUACGAGCUGCUCAAGUUCCUGCAGCUCAACGGCUACUCAGUGACCAGGGGUCUGAAGGACAUGGAGCUCGAUACAUCCUCUGUUGAGAAACGCUUUGCCUACGGCUUCCUGCAGAAGCUCCUCAAGUGGAUGGACGUCGCCCAGGAGUUCAUCGCCCACCUGGAGGCUGUGGUGAGCAGCGGGAGGGUGGAGAAAUCUCCGCACGAGCAGGAGAUUAAAUUCUUCGCCAAGGGCAAAGUGGCUGACCUACCCCGACCCCGACGCGGAGGAGCUCUUCAGGAUGGUGGGAGAGGUCUUCAUAUUCUGGUCCAAGUCUCACAACUUCAAGCGUGAGGAGCAGAACUUCGUGGUGAUGAAUGAGAUCAACAACAUGUCCUUUCUGACAGCCGACAGCAAGAGCAAGAUGAGCAAGGCUGGGAACGGACAGUCUGGAGGCUCUGACCAGGAGCGUACCAAGAAGCAGCGGCGUGGGGACCGCUAUUCUGUGCAGACGUCCCUCAUCGUGGCCUCGCUCAAGAAGAUGUUGCCCAUCGGACUGAACAUGUGCUCUCCAGCCGACCAGGAGCUCAUCAACCUGGCCAAGCUGCGCUACUCGCUGAAAGACACUGACGAGGAGGUGAGGGAGUUCCUGACCAAUAACAUGCACCUGCAGGGCAAGGUUGAGAACUCCUCCAUUCGCUGGCAGAUGGCUCUUUAUAAGGAGCUGUCUGGGAAGGCAGAGGACUCUGAGGAUCCUCAGAAAGUGGUGAAGAGAGUCCAGGAGGUGUCCGCAGUGCUCUAUCACAUUGAGGUGACGGAGCACCCCUUCAAGUCGAAGAAGGCAGACUGGCACAAGCUGCUGUCCAAGCAGCGGCGCCGCGCAGUGGUGGCGUGCUUCAGAAUGACCCCGCUCUACAACCUGCCCAGGCACAGAGCUUCUAACAUGUUCUUCGACGGCUUCAAGCGCUCUUGGAUUGGGACGGAGGGCUACUCGUUUGAGGACAGAAUGAUCAACGACCUGGCAAAAUCUGGUGAGGAAGAGGAAGAGGAAGAGGAACCCACUGAGAAGAAGCCUGACCCCCUUCAUCAGCUCAUCCUGCACUUCAGCAGGACUGCACUGACGGAGAAGAGCAAACUGGAUGAAGAUUAUUUAUACAUGGCAUACUCUGACAUCAUGGCUAAGAGCUGCCACAGCGGGGAGGAUGAAGGGGAAGGGGGAGAGGAAGAGGAGGAGAUGUCCUUUGAGGAGAAGGAGAUGGAGAAGCAGCGGCUCCUGUACCAGCAGGCCAGGCUGCACAAUCGUGGCGCUGCUGAGAUGGUCCUGCAGAUGAUCAGUGCCUGUAAAGGUGAGACGGGCUCCAUGGUGUCCUCCACCCUGAAACUGGGAAUCUCCAUCCUCAACGGGGGCAACUGUGAGGUGCAGCAGAAAAUGCUUGAUUACCUGAAGGAGAAGAAGGAGGUGGGGUUUUUCCAGAGUACCCAGGCUCUGAUGCAAACCUGCAGCGUGCUGGACCUGAAUGCCUUCGAGAGACAGAACAAAGCAGAGGGGCUGGGCAUGGUGACUGAGGAGGGGACUGUUAUGCAGAGUGAAAGUGGUGAGAAGGUGAUGGCAGACGAUGAAUUCACUUGCGACCUCUUCAGAUUGCUGCAGCUGCUCUGUGAGGGACACAACAACGAUUUCCAGAACUACCUGAGGACUCAGACAGGUAACACCACCACGAUCAACAUCAUCAUCUGCACUGUGGAUUACCUGCUCCGACUCCAGGAGUCCAUCAGUGAUUUCUACUGGUACUACUCUGGGAAGGACCUGAUUGACGAGCAGGGCAAGCGAAACUUCUCCAAAGCAAUGACCGUUGCCAAGCAGGUCUUCAACAGCCUGACUGAGUACAUCCAGGGCCCCUGCACUGGUAACCAGCAGUCUCUGGCUCACAGCAGGCUGUGGGAUGCAGUGGUUGGCUUUCUACACGUCUUCGCUCACAUGAUGAUGAAGCUCGCCCAGAUGCACCUUCCAGCCGGAUCCCGGAAUGGCGACCACUUUUGGACUAGAACUCACAGUGAGGACUCCAGCCAGAUCGGUUUAUUGAAGGAGCUGCUGGACCUGCAGAAGGACAUGGUGGUCAUGCUGCUCUCCCUGCUGGAAGGUAACGUCGUGAACGGGACCAUCGCCCGUCAGAUGGUGGACAUGCUGGUGGAGUCCUCCAGCAACGUGGAGAUGAUCCUCAAGUUCUUCGACAUGUUCCUGAAGCUGAAGGACAUCGUGGCUUCCGACGCCUUCAUGGACUACGUGACCGACAUGCGGGGGCUGAUCUCCAAGAAGGACUUCCAGAAAGCCAUGGACAGCCAGAAGCAGUACACCCCCUCGGAGAUCCAGUUCCUGCUCUCCUGCUCCGAGGCCGACGAGAACGAGAUGAUCAACUACGAGGAGUUUGCCAACCGCUUCCAGGAGCCCGCCAAGGACAUCGGCUUCAACAUCGCCGUGCUGCUCACCAACCUCUCGGAGCACGUCCCCCACGACACGCGGCUCCAGGGGUUCCUGGAGCAGGCAGAGAGCAUCCUGGGGUACUUCCAGCCUUUCCUGGGGCGCAUCGAGGUGAUGGGUCCCAGCAAGAGGAUCGAGCGCAUCUACUUCGAGAUCAGCGAGACCAACCGCGCCCAGUGGGAGAUGCCGCAGGUGAAGGAGUCCAAGCGGCAGUUCAUCUUCGAUGUGGUGAACGAGGGCGGCGAGUCCGAGAAGAUGGAGAUGUUCGUGAACUUCUGCGAGGACACCAUCUUUGAGAUGCAGAUUGCCUCGCAGAUCUCGGAGUGCGAGGAGGAGGAAGGGAAGGAGGAGAGCGACGAGGAGGAGGGAAAAGGAGGAGGAGGAGGAGGAGGAGGAGGAGAGGAAGGAGGAGGGGAAGGGGAAGGAGGAGGCGAUGCCGCCGAGCCCGGGUCUGCUUUCUCGGAGUUCGUCAACGGAUUUCUGGAGUUCCUGGGCAUGUUCACGUUCCGGAACCUGCGCAGGCAGUUCCGCAGGCUCAAGAGGAUGACCCUGAAGGAGAUGGUGGUGGGGCUGUGGUCCUUCUUCUGGGCUCUGCUGAUGGGCAUCCUGCACUUCGCCUACAGCUUCUGCAAGGGCUUCUUCCUGCUGAUCUGGACCACCCUCUUCGGGGGAGGGCUGGUCGAGGGGGCCAAGAACAUCACCGUGACGGAGAUCCUGGCCAGCAUGCCUGACCCGACCCAGGAUGAGGUCCACGGGGACCUGCCCAGCGAGGGGGGGAGCAAGGAGGAGCAGGAGGCUGCAGGGACGGCGGAUUCGCUGGACCCCUCGAAGGGGGAGGAGACCGCAGACGACUCAGCUGACAUGCACGGGGCAGAGAGGAAGGAGCUGGGACCCCCCGGGGGGCUGGGGGAUAUCGGGGAGACCACCACCGUCGAGCCCCCCACCCCCGAAGGAUCCCCGAUAGCCAAGAGGAAAGUGCAACCGGAGGAUGAGACACAAGAAACCAAAGUGAUCGAGGAGCCCCCACCAGAGCCUGAAAAAGCAGAUAUGGAGAAUGGAGAGAAGGCAGCGAAGGAGGGGGGCGAGCAGGCAGAGGAGGGAGGAGAGGCAGAGGAAGAGGCCCACAAGAAGAAGACGAAGAGAGAGAAGAAGCCGGCAGAACCCGAGGGCGAGUUCCAGUUCUGGAGCGAGAUGGAGAUUCAGAGGAUCAAGUUCCUGAACUACCUGUCCAGAAAUUUCUAUAACCUGCGCUUCCUGGCCCUGUUUGUGUCGUUCGCCCUCAACUUCAUCCUGCUGUUCUAUAAGGUGUCAGAGUCCCCCUCUGGCGACGAUGAUUUCGAAGGUUCGGGUCUGUUCGAGCAGGAGAUGGAAGGAUCCGGGUUCGAGGAAGGAGGGGAUGAGGAUGAGGAGGACAGUGUGGUCUUUUUCUUCCUGGAGGAGAGUACAGGGUACAUGCAGCCCACCCUCUUCUUCCUCUCUAUCCUCCACACUCUCAUCUCCUUCCUCUGCAUCAUCGGGUACAACUGCCUCAAGGUUCCUCUGGUCAUCUUCAAGAGAGAGAAGGAGCUGGCCAGAAAGCUGGAAUUUGACGGUCUCUACAUCACUGAACAGCCCGAGGACGAUGACAUCAAGGGACAGUGGGACAGACUGGUCCUCAACACACCCUCUUUCCCAAGCAACUACUGGGACAAGUUUGUGAAGAGAAAGGUUCUGGAGAAGUACGGUGAUAUCUACGGCAGGGAGAGGAUUGCGGAGCUGCUCGGGAUGGACCUGGCCUCUCUGGAUAUCAGCACACAGCAUGAGAAGAAGCAGGAGCCCGACAGCUCUGUGCUGUCCUGGAUCACCUCAAUUGACAUCAAGUACCAGAUCUGGAAGAAUGGAGUGGUCUUCACUGAUAAUACCUUCCUCUACCUGGUUUGGUACAUGGUCAUGUCGUUGCUUGGCCACUACAACAACUUCUUCUUUGCCUGUCACCUUCUGGACAUCGCCAUGGGGGUCAAGACGCUCCGCACCAUCCUGUCCUCCGUGACACACAACGGGAAGCAGCUCAUGAUGACGGUGGGGCUGUUGGCGGUGGUGGUGUAUCUCUACACCGUCAUCGCAUUCAACUUCUUCCGCAAGUUCUACAACAAGAGCGAGGAUGAGGAUGAGCCGGACAUGAAGUGCGAUGACAUGAUGACUUGCUACCUCUUCCACAUGUACGUGGGGGUGCGGGCGGGCGGGGGGAUCGGGGACGAGAUCGAGGACCCCGCGGGGGACGAGUACGAGCUGUACAGGGUGGUCUUCGACAUCACCUUCUUCUUCUUCGUCAUUGUCAUCCUGCUGGCCAUCAUCCAGGGUCUGAUCAUCGAUGCCUUUGGAGAGCUGAGAGACCAACAGGAGCAAGUGAAGGAGGACAUGGAGACUAAGUGCUUCAUCUGCGGGAUCGGGAGCGAUUACUUCGACACGACUCCGCACGGCUUCGAGACGCACACGCUGGAGGAGCACAAUCUGGCCAACUACAUGUUCUUCCUGAUGUAUUUGAUUAAUAAGGAUGACACAGAACACACAGGGCAGGAGUCCUACGUGUGGAAGUUGUACCAGGAGCGCUGUUGGGAUUUCUUCCCGGCCGGAGAUUGUUUCCGGAAGCAGUAUGAGGAUCUGCUGGGAUAAAAAAGAAAUCAAUACUGGGAAGGAUGAGGGCCGCAUGACACACGAACGAGCAAAUUAAAAACAGUGCCCUCCUACCCCACUGUGCGAGAGAACCAGCGCGUCUGAAUGAAACUGAAUGAAGAGAGAGAGGAGGGAGGGAGGGAGAGAGGGAGAGUGGUAGGGUUAGUUAAUUGAGAUUUUGUAAUAAUUGAUCUGCCCCAAAACUGUAUUGUUGAUUAUUUUCCUGUGUUAUCGAUAGGAGUUAAAAAAAAAAAAGUGUGCCGUCUCUGUUAAGUCCCACUGUCAGCUAUGCUUGCAGAAGCACUGGGUUUAGUGGGGGAAGAUUACUGGGAACCAGUCUCUGAAUGGUUUACGGGUGUGUGGCCCGGUUUUUCACACUUUAAUAAAAUCUAAACGCGACAAAAUCCUUAUAAAAGCUCACCGUGGUAAAAGCACAGCCAAGUGUAAUAAAGCAUGGCGACAGCAUGUGGAAAAUGCAAGGGUUCAAAAAAUCUGCAAACCAAAAAAAACAACCUAAAUAACACGUAGUAGAGGAGUAGACAAAUAGAAAAUGAUAGCGUUUGAACUAUGAUGUGCCUUAUCUCAACACACCUGUUAGGUUGACCAGGGGCGUUGCAGUCAUGAGUGUGCAAAUUACUCACCUGUGCUGAACAAAGCAGGGGAAAGGUAGGAAGCUUCAGAUAUCCUUUACAUUUCUCUAGGUGUUUUAAAACAGCGUGUGCUUCAGUCACUCUGAGUGGUUCUGGGUCCUGCUUAUCCAACACUGAGUUCAUUUAGUAUCUAAUUCUGUCUUCAAAUGGCUUUGAGCUCAGCGCUCUCUCUCUCUCUCUGUCUCUCUAGAGAGGUAGAUAGAGAGAUAGAUAGAGAGAUAGGUAGAUAGGGACAGAGAUAGAUAGAUAGAUAGAGAGAUAGAUAGGGAGAGAUAGAUAGAUAGUGAGAUAGGUAGAUAGGGACAGAGAGAGAUAGAUAGAUAGAGAGAUAGAGAGAUAGAUAGGGAGAGAUAGAUAGUGAGAUAGGUAGAUAGGGACAGAGAGAGAUAGAUAGAUAGAUAGAGAUAGAUAGGGAGAGAUAGAUAGAGACAUGGCACGCAUCAUUCUCCAGACAAGCUCAAAGGAAGCUCAAAGCCAGGUGGAAGCAGACUUGGAGAGAAAGCCCAUGAUAGCUCAAUACAGGAGGAGCAACUGAACCCCCCCAGAACCCACGGCGAAGCCCCCAUACAACAGCAAGGGGAAAUCCACACAGCACAAAUAACAAUAUUAGAACUGUGUUCCGCCAGCUGCCAAGUUAAAGGAUUUCUGCGCUGCCAUUGCUGUUGUUUUAUAGAUAGAUGUAGGAAAUCCUGCUUGCACAAAUAGGAGGGGUGUGUGUGGUGCCAUGGCAAUGGUUUCUACUUGUCUUUAACCACACAACCCCACCCCCACCUGCCGAACCCCCAUCUUACUGUCUCCCCCACUAAAAAAAAUCCUGGCUGCCAAAUAAAGAAAAUCCUACGCUUGCGUUAUUUAUUUUGUGUCGCUUGUUCAAAUCUUUUUUUAUGUGUUCUUUCUCUCGCUUCUUUACUUGUUGCCAAACGGGAGAGACGUUAGCUUAUGAGUUUAAUGUCCCCACCUCCGUCCCCCCGCCCCCCCCCCCCCCCCCCCGAACUCCUCAGAUCUCCCACUUCAAACAUUUCUCAAUAGGGCGGGGGAGUGCUUUGAGUGACUGCUGUGCCCACAAUAGCAUUGAUUAAACAUUAUCACUGAUAGCACAGUUUACAUAGGCAAGCCCCUCACACUCCGUUCUGGUUUUUCCAUUGUAAGCGAUUCACAGCAAAACCAUAAUUAACAACCACAUUCAAGAUGUACAUUUAGCAAUGGUGACAAAGCAAGAAGAAAAAAAAGCAGGAUCGCAAUCACGUUGCAGACUUUUCUUUUAAAUUGCAAGUUGAUUAUUGUUUUUGUAGUUCUUCUUCACAGGUGGUAAUAACUAUCCUGUUCUGUACCUGUUUGUGUUUUAUUGCUGCGUCACCCAUUGUACUUGCAAAAAUAAUAAUAAUAAUAAUAAUAAUAAUAAUAAUAAUAAUAAAUACAAU